AUGAUCGCACUGACAAAUUUGAUGCGUUCCAGUUUGGAAUUGAAAGUGGGCAAUUUUUCGCCAAAAUUUUUAUAUCAUUUAUCUUCUUUCUUCAAGGAAUACGUUUUCCUCGACACUCUGAAAGGCAAAUUGUUGCAUUUCAACAGCGAUGCAAAGAUACAUAAUAAGUAUGGCAGAAAAUCCAGUAAUUGGCUACACCGUAAUUUCGAUCAGAAAUGCAGUGUAAGACAGUAUGAUGAUCACAGUUUGGCCGAAAACGUUGACGAUGAACUGAAGAAGACAUUGGCAAUCGACCAUUCGCUCAAAUAG